UAAGUAACAAAAUGCCAUCGAAACCUGUAUAUAUUGUUCAGGAGAGUCCAGCCAAUGCUUUGGCUCUUAACAAAGAUAAUACUCAAGUUGUUAUUGCUGGACGAAAUGUUUUCAAAAUAUUCUCAGUAUUGGAAGACAAAUUUGAAGAAGUAUAUAAUUUAAGAGUUGGUAAAAAUUUAAACUUAAAUUUUUCCUGCAAUGAUGUUACGUGGAAUCUAAAUGAUGAUCACUUGAUAGCAACAGCAGCAACAAAUGGUGCGGUAGUAUUGUGGAAUUUAAACAAAGUAACGCGGUCCAAACAGGAACACGUAUUUACUGACCACAAAAGAACAGUAAAUAAAGUAAGCUUCCAUACAACAGAGCCAAUGUGGCUGAUAUCUGGUUCCCAGGAUGGUACGAUGAAGUGUUUUGACAUACGUAUCAAAGAAGCCGCCAAAACUUUUUACAGCAACACGGAGUCUGUGAGAGACGUUGAAUUUUCUCCACACCAGCAGUAUACAUUCGCGGCGGUGUCAGAGAACGGACAUGUCCAGCAGUGGGACAUGAGGCGUCCAGAUAGGUAUUUUCAGCACUUCACAGCUCACAGCGGGCCUAUUUUUGCAUGUGAUUGGCACCCGGAGAACCAGUGGCUUGCCACUGCGUCGCGAGACAAAACAAUUAAAAUCUGGGACCUUACUCAAAAGCCGACCUGCGAGUUCACUAUUCACACAAUUGCUUCCGUAGGUAGAGUAAAAUGGAGACCACAGAGGAAAUUUCAUAUAGCGAGCUGUGCGCUAGUUGUUGACAGUAGUAUAAAUGUAUGGGACAUUCGCAGACCUUAUAUACCGUUUGCGAGCUUUAAUGAGCACAAAGACGUCACUACUGGUAUUGCCUGGCGAGGCGAUCCUCAUUCAUUUAUAUCAACCAGUCGUGACUGCACGUUGUAUCAUCACGCCUUCCAAGAAGCUAGUCGUCCGGCAAAUCAAGCAAAUCCUCAGGGCCUUGAUAUCAAUCCUUACUGCGAGGUCGGUUUUGCGAAUAAAGUUAAUACUAAUAAUAAUACCAAUGCAGCUGCAACACUUAAACAUGUGACUACUCCAAUGAGAAAGUCUCAAAAAAAUAGUGAUUCUUUUUGUUCAGCAAUGAGCACUGUCCAAAGAUUUACUCUAGACACUACUAAAGAGUCUAUUUGGUUUGUAUACUGCGCCAAAAAAUAUAUGUUAAACGGAAGACUGAAUGAUAUUUGCGAUCACAAUUCCAAAGUUGCUGCCGAUGGUGGGCGUAUUGAUAUUUGCUACGUCUGGAAAAUUAUUAAGUCUUUUUACGCAGACCCAUUGGAAAGUAUUCCUAAAAAUAUUCCGGAUAAAGAUGAAAUUUUAAAUUUAUCUCAAAUGACUCUUAAGGUCACUGGUGUGGAACCGAGUAACGCCCAUGAAAAUGAAGUUAAGUCAUUGCAGGGAGACGGCUUAGGUGGAGUAAGUGGAGGAGAUGAUGAGACUGAGACUGAUGAGAUGCCAGAAAAUUUAAAUCCACUUGGAAAUAUUUCUACGGAAUAUAAAAAAUCUUUAAAUGGAUUCAAACGCAAGCCGAAAAGUGAUUUUAUUUUCGGAGAAUUUGAGUUUGACUCGCUGUCAAUGGAGUACAAUGCGGAGGACUACAUUGAUAAUACAAUCAAUGACAGUGACUGGUCGUUGCCAAAGGAAGCGUUUCCUUUGAGACACGAGAUACAGGAUAGAUCACCACCGCCUGAACAGUUCUCCAAUCCUGCGGACAUAAAUGAUGACUCGGGUUCGGUAACUGUUGAAGAUCAACCUUGCCAUCUUAUUGUUAACUCUGUUCCUAAACCAAAACUUUUUGAUCACACGCCGCUCGUUGAAGCAGCCCUGAUGCACCAUGUAUCGAUACGUGAUGUACAGACAUCUGUUUCUAUUUUAAUGGCCCUGGGAAGCUUUAGAAAAAGUCUCAAUAUUUCAACAGCUAUUCAAGAGAGCUGGUUACUUGAGUACAUAGAUCUGUUGGGCAGAUUUAAACUCUACGAUGUUGCUACUCAGAUUAUUCAAAAUGCUUGGAUACCAUCAAUAUCACAAUUAAAUCAACAAUCAACAACAAUUCAUGCCAGUUGUACGACUUGUGGGAAAGCUUUUCCACCGACUACGUGGUUCUGUGAUCAAUGCAAUAAGUCUAAAUUAUCUUUGUGUUCAAUUUGUCAUCAGGUGGUUAGAGGAUUGUACACCUGGUGUCAAGGAUGUACUCAUGGCGGACAUAUAAAACACAUGGAAGAUUGGUUUCAAAAUAGUAGACAAUGUCCGACUGGUUGCGGUCAUAUGUGUGAAUAUAUUUGAUGACUGUAAAUUAUUAGAAAAAUGUUGUUAUAAUUUUAUUUUCAGUGUGGCGUUUACAUUUAUACAUAAAACGAUUUUUAUUUAUAAUUUUAAUGGCAUAAGGAUAUACAUAUACAGACAUAUAUGUAUAUUAAUAUAAAUACCGAAGAUUUCUAGCCAACUAUACAAAAGUUAUUCAUUUUGCACCAACUGUUAGAGGGCAAUAAAAAAUUUUUUUAUUUAAAUUAUAAAAUUCGUUUGAUUUUUUUUUUGUUUCAAGGGUACUCAAAAGGCACGACCAUCCACUAAAGUACAAAAAUAUAAAACCAAAUAUUUUAUACAGUCAAUUCUUUUGAGCAGCUCCCAACUUUUUUUUUAAGUUACUAUUUUAAUAGUAGUUUAUAGUUGUAAUUAAAUUUAAGGAUGUUGAUUUUUACACACAAGUGCAUCACAGAAAUUACGCUAAUUUUUAAAAAAUAACUGCAGUUAAAAUUAUCAGUCAUGGCUGCAGUAGUAAAGUAUUUUAAUAAUAUUAUCAAACAAUAAUUUAUUUAUAGAGCUAAGCAACAAAUUAAACAGACAGUAAGUCUAACAUAACGGAGCAAUAAAUAUGUUUAUUGCUUUACAAUAUAUACUUGAAAUUUUUCACGACAUGUUAAGUGCUGAAAUUAAUUAAAAAAUUAAAGGUCAACAAAUAAAAAUCUGCAUUGUCUUAAUUUAUAAAUUAUUAAAAAUUAUUUUUUAUUUCAAUUAGAGUAAUUUACAUAACUUGUUAACUAACAAGAAUUAUUAACGAAAAUUAAAAAUUAACUGUCUUUUUAAUUAUAUAAUACCGUAUAAAAUUAAUUUAUAAUAAAAUACUCCAAAUUAUAUUACUAUUAAUUAAAUACAUUAUUUAUAAAUAUAAUAAAAAAUAAUUUCAUUUUUAAACAAUUUCAGCACUCAGAGGUAAUGAAUAAUGACGUUACUUAUGAUUUGUGCAUUAAUAAAUGUCUGAGUUGAAAUGUAACAUUAAGUUAAAAGUUAAUAUUAUAAAAUAACAAGGAAAAAUUAGUGUAUGCGUGUAUUCAAAGCACCGGUGCUCUGUUUUUAAAUCUGAACUAAGCGAUUAAUAUAAAGAACCAUUUUUAACAUUGAGAAGUAAAAUUAGGAACUAUUAAUUGUACAAUUAUGAAUAAUAUUUAAACGCGUGUAAAGAACAAUAAGCGACUGUAUGUUGUUGUGUAACAUUAAUAAUAAUUUAUUUAUAUAAUAUAAAAAAAAAAUUUGAUCUUGAAUCAAGUCGUGUAGUAGGUCCCUCGAGUUAUAUUGUAGAUACAGUCAUAAAGAUGAAAAAUAGUGUCAACACUUUAUCGCUGUAAAGGGUUUGAGAACACCAGUAUGUUAUACAAACGCAUUUAGUUGGACGUAAAUAUACACUAUAGUAAUAUUAAUGUAUUAAUAAUUAAACCUACUUUUGUUUGUUUUGUUUUAAAUCAUAGAAAACUAUAAAGUUGCCUUCGGUUCGUUAGAGAAUAACACAACACCGUUUGUUGUUUUUGCGCUCAGCACCCUCGAUUUUAUUUUCUUGGGCUUUACGCGCUGCUAUGGCGCGCAUCAAGUCGAAAAACACCUGAAAUAAAUAAUUUUAUAGACUGACAUCGAUUUAAAUUAUCAGAGUUAUUUUAAGAAAUGAAUCACACACACAGUAAGUAUAAAAAACACAAAACA